AACAGCAACAGCAACAUUGAGCAGCAAUCUGUCCCCACAGGAGUCAUGGGCUGUGCAGGCAGCACUCCCAUGGUUGCAACGGCGGGCAGCGAAAUGCUGAAAGCCGCCAGCCAUGUACGGGAGAAGGGCGAGGCCGUUGUGGAAGAUGCCAGUCAAACGCUGAGCAGCGGCCUGGACACGGCCAAGGAGACGGUGGGCGCUGCCGUGGCGGGCAUUACCAACGAUCUGGGCAACGCCUUCAAGGACGGCACACACGCCCUGGACGAGGCCAAGCACAAGGUGUUGGAGGGCCUGCACCUGGAACAGCCAGCUGCCCCUUCAGAGGAGGAGGCAAAGGCGGCUGUGCCGGAGUCUGGCGAGGUCAUGGCCGAGCUGAGCUCCUCGCGGGCGCCAACGCCACAGCUGCAGGGCGGGGAUACGGACAGCCUGAAGACCUCCACACCAGAGCCGGAGAUUGAACGUGCGCUGGCCAACGAUGAGGAGAGUCCGCCCACGCCACAGCCAUCGCUGGAGGAGCUGGCACAUCUGAGUGCAGUGGUGGAGGCGAUUACCGAAGCUCCGCCAGCCACUGAGGCAGCAGCGAUGCCCGCACCUCCCGCCAUCGAGGCUGCAGCAGCUCCAGCUCCAGCUCCAGUUGCAGUUCCCCGCGUCCGUGGACCAACCACCUCCAGAGGCCAUUGGUUUCGGCGCAGAGUCGCCAAGCAGGAGCCAGAGCCACCUCGCCCAAACACCACCGAGUGGGAAAAGUUUGCCGAUCAGCUGGCCAAGAACAAGAAGUACAAACCCUACGAGAGCUUUGCCCACAGCCAGAACCACUUCUCCGUGUACAAGGAUCACACGAGCCUGCGGGACAAGCCCGGCCACACCGAUGGGCACUUUAGUGGCGGCAACUCGCUGUCCAGCACCUCCCAGUCGGAUCUCUCCAGCGGCCACGUGACACCGGCCAUGAGCCGCAAGGGCCAGCGGGAGUUUGCCAAGUUCGUGGCCUCCGAGGGGCCGACGAGUGUGUCCAGGGCCAGUUCACGGAUCUCGAAUGCCGGCAGCUCCAGGACCUUCGACUUCAAUCCUGCACGCGAUCGUAUAAGUGUCUUUGAGGCCAUGAGCGGCAGUCGCAGUCGCGUGGGUUCGGCCAUUCAGCGAGCGCCUGCGGAAAGGAUUUCCCUCUGGGGCAGGCACGCUGCCGUGGCCGAGGAGGAGCCGCCUCCGACUGGACUUGGCAGAAGGAUGAGCACGGGAAUGAGCAGCCAAAGUGUGCAGCGAACUCCCACGGAAUACAACAAUCCCUACAGCAUUCGUCGGGCUGUGCGGCCUGUAUCCCAAACGAGGAGCAUUCGAAUGGAAAAGCAAACUUCCUCCGUGACACCCAGAAAGGUGCAAGCCGCAAAAAGAAUUCCCACCAGCGAACCAUUGCACAGAGUAGAGGAUGCGCCAAGGCUGCCAAUUCAUACAAAAGAGAGGGACAUGCCAGCAAGCAGCUGCCACACCAAAGAUGCAGUCGACCUCCAAUUGGAAGUCACCUUUUACCCCGAAAGUGCGAACAACUUCCACGCGGAGGAUGCGGACACCUUCCACAUCGAGAAGGGUUUCUCCUUCUACUUCCAGAAUAAAUUCACCUUCCACAUCGAGAAUGGAAUCUCCUUCCCCAUCGAGAAGGCAUUCACCUUCCACAUCGAGAAGGCAUUCUCCUUCUACUACAAGAACGCAGUCACCAUGCAGUCCGACAAUGGAGUCACCAACCACCCCAAGAAAGCACCAUCCCCAUCUCCCUCCCGCGCAUCGACAGCAAAAUCCUCAGACAGCAGCCUGGACGUGGUCAUCCGGCCCAUGAGCAAACUCAACACGCCCAGCACGAAGUCCCUGACGCCCGACAAGGUGGUGAUGACGGAGUACGAAGAUGACGCCUUGGAGGCGGCCCUGGCCAAUUUGCAGCUGCUGCGCGGGUCCACGAUCACACUCAACUCCCUACGAUCCUGCAGCCCCGCGCGACAGACACACACCGCCUCUCUGCUGAGUUCGCGACGGACUUCCCCGUGGGUCAUGCGCAAGGACUAUGGCCAACCGGAGGGCAAGGAGAACAAGCCAUCGACUGCAGUGGCCGCAAGUGCCCCAAAGGCCACUCACUUGAUGCAAACACACGAAAGGUGCGACAUUUGCUCGAAUGAGUUUGUGUUGCAUUGAAG